UGGAACAUUAUUGAAGAUUCGCGGGAAGAACGUGCGAGUCCUAUUGCUUCAUUCUUUUUCCUUGUUUCCUCUUGUGGAUUGGUUUCCUUUUAGGGUUUCAAUAUUGGGUUCCGUUGCGAUUGGUUUUUGAUUACGCUAUCUCCGAUUUGAUUUUAAGGCAACCGAUAACGUUCAAUCUAGCAGGGGCUUUGUUUCGAUAUAAAAAUCAGGGUUUUGAUUGACGUGCGUAUAUAGAUAGGGGGAUGAUAAUCAAACGGAACGGGAAUAUUGAAAUGCCGAGUAUGAAACGCUGCAAGAUGGAAGGGAUGAAUUACGGUGACCGCGGGGAAGAGGAAAUAUAUUACGAUUAUGACGGUAACCCCAAGAGAUUGAAAUCGAACGGUUAUUAUUCCUACGGCGACUUGGAAGAUUUCAGCAGCGGCUCAGGUUAUUGGAGCAGCGAGGAGUCGUACUGGGCUGGUGAAUCGGAGUCUAAUUUGAUGAAGUUGAAUAAGGCAAAGAAAACUAAGAAGAGUUCCAAGAAGAAUUUGAAGCCUCCAUUGUUGAAAUCAUCUAGAGGAAGAACAAAAAUGCUUCCUUCUAGAUUCAACGACGCUGUUCUUGAUUUAUGGAAAAGUAAAAAAUUCGAGGCCGAAUACACGGAUUCAAGCUUGGAGGACGAUGAGUUUGAUUGGUCAAGAUAUAUGAAAGAUAAGUUUGGAUAUGGAAGCUCGGAUUUAUAUCUAAUUAGUAAAAGAAGAGAGGAACGAGGAACGGAUUAUCCAGGGAUCAAGAGUAGUUUCAAUUGCGGAAGUUAUUUGCAUUCUUCUUCGGCAUUGUUGGAAACAGAUGAGUUUGUGCCUUGUAAUGGAUAUAAUGGUUUAGAGAGGUUAAGGAAAGAGGGAGCUGGAAAAAGGAAAGAUGUUUAUAAGCCGGAUGAUUUUGCUUUGGGUGAUAUAGUUUGGGCUAAAUGUGGGAAGAGAUAUCCUGCUUGGCCGGCUAUUGUGAUUGAUCCCAUAUUGCAAGCUCCUGAAUCAGUCUUAAGUUGUUGUGUUCCUGGUUCUAUUUGCGUUAUGUUUUUUGGGUACUCAAAAAAUGGAACUCAGAGGGAUUAUGCAUGGGUGAAACAAGGAAUGAUAUUCCCGUUUGCUGAAUUUAUGGACAGAUGUCAGGGGCAGACCCAGUUGUACAAGUGGAAGCAAAGUGAUUUUCAGAUGGCAUUGGAGGAGGCAGUUUUAGCAGAAAACGGUUUCCUAGACUCAGAACAUAAGACCCAACAAGUAGUAUACCCAUAUGCUCAACCCAGUUGUUCAAGUCAGGAUCUUCAUUGUUUAUACUCCCACAAUCAGUGGCUUAUAGGACUUGCAAAGUUGUUCAUUUAUAAGAAUGGCUUGUUGAUCUGUGCAUGCGGGCCAAAGAAGUAUACACUCAGUGAAUGGGAGCGACAUACAGGCUGUAGAGCAAAAAAAUGGAAGUGUAGCGUGAAAGUCAAGGGCACAAUGACACCUCUGGAAAAAUGGAUUGUUGAGUAUAAUGCCUUUGGUGUUCUUCCUACGAAGCUAGAUAAGCAGAAGCUAAUUGGUAUUUUGCAAGAAAAAUAUGAUCCUGUUGAUGCAAAAUGGACUACAGAAAGAUGUGCCGUGUGUAGAUGGGUUGAAGACUGGGAUUAUAACAAAAUUAUUAUCUGCAACAGGUGUCAAAUAGCCGUUCACCAAGAAUGCUAUGGAGCAAGUGAUGUUCAAGAUUUGACUUCUUGGGUUUGUAGAGCUUGUGAAACACCUGAUAUCAAGAGGGAGUGUUGCCUUUGCCCUGUAAAAGGGGGUGCUUUGAAGCCAACUCAUGUUGAGUCACUAUGGGUUCAUGUCACGUGUGCCUGGUUUCAUCCCGAAGUUGGUUCUUUCUUGGAUCAUAAGAAAAUGGAACCUGCUGUUGGAAUCCUCAGAAUUCCAUCAACUUCAUUCUCAAAGAGUUGUGUGAUUUGUAAGCAAACUCAUGGUUCCUGCACUCAGUGUUGCAAGUGUGCGACUUAUUUUCAUGUGAUGUGUGCAUCAAGAGCAGGAUAUAGCAUGGAGCUGCAUUGCUUGGAGAAGAAUGGGAUGCAAAUGACGAAAAAGUUCAUAUACUGCUCUGUUCACAGGAGCCCAAAUCCAGAUGCUGUUGUUGUCAUGCAUACUCCUUCAGGGGUUUUCGCUGCCAGAAAUGUUCUUCACAAUGUGAAUGAAUGUCUUAGAGGUUCAAGACUGAUUUCAUCCAAGAUUGCAGAGCUCCCUGGAUCCCCAGCUCCAGUUUCCAGUGACUUUGAUGCAUGUUCUGCUGCUAGAUGCCGUGUUUUUACAAGGUUAAAUUUUAAGGGGGCUGAAGGGGAGCCGAUAUUCCACAAACUGGGUGGGCCAAGGCACCAUCCAACAGAUGCAUUAAAUGCAUUGAGCACAUAUAAAGAAGUGGAUGAUUCUACCAUUUUCUCGUCAUUCAAGGAUAGAUUAUACCAGUUGCAGAUAACUGAGAACCACCGAGUUUGUUUUGGAAAAUCUGGUAUUCAUGGAUGGGGCCUCUUUGCACGAAGAAACAUUCAAGAAGGAGAAAUGGUUGUUGAGUAUCGUGGUGAACAGGUUAGGCGUAGUGUUGCAGAUCAUAGGGAGGCACGGUACCGUUCUGAAGGGAAAGAUUGCUAUCUGUUCAAAAUCAGUGAGGAAGUAGUGAUUGAUGCGACCAAUAAAGGGAAUAUUGCACGCUUAAUCAAUCAUUCGUGCAUGCCUAAUUGCUAUGCGAGGAUCAUGAGUGUUGGGGAUGAGGAGAGUCGGAUAGUUCUUAUUGCUAAGACCAAUGUGUCUGUCGGUGAUGAGCUAACAUAUGAUUACUUGUUUGAUCCGGAUGAGCACGAUGAACACAAAGUUCCUUGCCUAUGUAAAGCUCCAAACUGUCGAAAGUAUAUGAAUUAAGGAGGCCAUACUUGCCAUUUUUCUCUGGUAUAUAAAGCAUUAGAGAGCUUCUCUUCGGGAACCGAAUCUCUCCCCUCGGACUAUUUUCGUAUUCAGAACUGAAACAAACGAAGAAUCUCACUAUUUUUGUCACUACUCACCAGUGAGCUCGUAAUUAUUUUUUUUGUUAUUCUUUUCAAUAAUUUGUAAAUUUGCCAGCUCCUUUGGCUGGCGGCUUUUAUAGAAAGUACAGGUUCAGUUGCACCUCAUA